AUGGCUGCAAUAUACUCUUUAGGACAAAGUUCAUAUCUGGCUCCUCUCUUUUCUUUAGAUUUUCCUUACCGCAAUAUUUCAUAUUACUUCAGAGGGCAUCAACUGUGUUCUGGAUCUGAUUCUCUUCAUACAAUUCAAGAUGGGGAAUUUCAACAUUCAUGGACUAAACUAUGUUACUUUAUCAUCGUUAAUGACACAAUGUCAACCAUCUUCACAUCAUACGCCAUGAUAGCUGCUGUGGAUGCUGUUAUUGUGGAUCAGGCUCUUCCGUUUAGUAACGAUGAAGCUUGUAAAGACAAUGGCUCUCACUCGUGGGACAAGUUUGUGGUAUAUACUAAAGGUGUUAGAAGUGAUGAGUUCUAUAGAUUACCAUGCCAAUUUAAUAGGUUCUUCCCACCUUAA